AUGACCCUAAGUUAUGGUCCGGUGGCUACUGACUUGACAGCAUUGAAUGAAAGUAGUUGUUGGAUGAUGAUGGGCGUUGCCUCCACAGUGUUCCUUCUCAUCAAGUCCUCCUCCAUGGCUUCACUUCCCAAAAGGCUUGAAGGUAAAGUGGCGAUAAUCACAGGAGGAGCUAGUGGCAUUGGAGCCGCCACAGCCAAACUAUUCGUCAAGCACGGUGCAAAAGUAAUAAUCGCAGACGUGCAAGACGCGUUAGGCCACUCCCUCUGCAAAACCCUCAGCACGAACACCCCCAUUCACUACCUUCACUGCGACGUAACCAGCGAAUCAGACAUAAAAAACGUGGUCGAAGCCGCCAUUACCAAAUACGGCAAACUCGACAUAAUGUACAACAAUGCUGGCAUCUCGGGAGACUCGAACAAAGCCGUAGUAACUUCCGGAAACGAAAACUUCAAAAGGGUUUUCGAGGUUAAUGUGUACGGAGCUUUCUUGGGCGCCAAGCAUGCGGCGAGGUUCAUGGUUCCGGCGAAGAGAGGGGUGAUUCUCUUCACUUCGAGCGUUGCUUCGCUUCUGGGUGGCGAAACGACGCACGCUUACGCCGUUUCCAAGCACGCGGUGGUGGGGCUGAUGAAGAACCUGUGCGUGGAACUGGGGGAGCAUGGGAUCAGAGUGAAUUGCGUUUGUCCAGGUGGCAUUCCCACUCCGAUGCUGAACAAGGCGUUGAAGAUGAACAAGAAGGAGACGCAGGAAGUGUUGUGCAAGGUUGCGGUGCUGAAAGGAACGGUUCUUGAAGCUGAGGACAUAGCAACAGCUGCGCUAUUUUUGUGCAGCGACGAGGCCAAGUUCGUGAGUGGAGUUAACCUUGUUCUGGACGGUGGUUAUAGCACCACCAAUAUGUCAUUCGCUUCAGUGCUGAAUGGUUUCAUGGAUAACCACACCACCACCACCAACAACAACAACCAUGCUUAG